GCUCAGCCAGAGGAAUGUCUUGCUACCUCAGAUCACGAAGUUGCCCGGAUCCAGGUCCUAUCUAUGUCAGGGAAAAUGGCCGCCUGCACAUGGUAAGCCUCGCCCUGGACGGGGUCCCGAGCGGCUUGCGGGAGCCCAAGCCUCUGAGGCUGUUCCCCAAAGGCUUCUCUGUGGAGCUGUGCAUGAACAGGGAGGAUGACGCGGCCAGGAAGGAGAAAACGGACCACUUCAUCUUCACGUACACGCGCGAAGGGAACCUGCGCUACUCAGCCAAGUCCCUCUUCAGCCUGGCGCUGGGCUUUAUCUCUGACAACGUUGACCACAUCGACUCUCUCAUCGGCUUCCCCGAACAGAUAGCCGAGAAGCUCUUCUCUGCCGCGGAAGCCAGGCACAAGUUCACGGAGCCCGGCGCGGGCCUGCGCGCGCUGCAGAAGUUUACAGAGGCCUACGGGCGCCUGGUACUCUGCUCACUCUGUCUUCGGAACAGGUACCUGGUGAUUUCUGAAAAGCUCGAAGAGAUCAAGUCUUUCCGGGAGCUGACCUGCUUGGAUCUUUCUUGCUGUAAGCUUGGAGAUGAGCAUGAGCUCCUGGAGCAUCUCACCAAUGAGGCCCUGUCCAGCGUGACGCAGCUGCGCCUGAAGGACAAUUGCCUCUCCGAUGCUGGUGUCCGGAGGAUGACCGCCCCUGUGCGUGUGAUGAGAAGAGGCCUGGAGAACCUCGCCCUGCUGGACUUGUCCUGUAACCCGGAGAUCACGGAUGCCGGGAUCGGCUACCUCUUUUCUUUUAGAAAGCUGAACUGCCUGGACAUUUCCGGGACGGGCCUUCAGGACGUCCAGGCCGUCAUGCACAAGCUUCAGACCCACAUCGGCCUCGUUCACUCCAAAGUGCCUUUGAAGGAAUUUGACCACAGCAGCUGUAAGACGGAGGGCUGGGCAGACCAGAUCGUCCUGCAGUGGGAGCGCGUGAUCUCGGGAGCGGUUCCAGGCCAGGACAAGCCCCGGACGGCGGCCUCGUGUUUCUAUGGGAAGCGGCCCCGGACAGACGCCCCGGCCAAGUGUCCGCUGGCAGACGCCCACGUGAGCUCCGGCGAGAAGCUGCAGUUCUAUAAAGAGGCGGCCGCGGAGGGCCACGGGCCGGCGAGGACGCGGGAGGCGGCCGGCCCCGCGGCCAGCCAGGAGCCGAAGGGCGCCAAGAAGAGAGCGCUGGAGGAGGCCGAGAAGGAGGCGCCGAGCUCGCCGGCGUCGUCCAGGCAGAAGUACGUCUGCCUCACCGUGGAGGACUGGGACCUGCUCAACACCUACUGACGGUCCGGGGAGGGAGGGAGGCCGCGAGGCCCCCUGGCUGGACGGGGCCGCGGGGACUGGCGGCGGCGGCCCCGGGGGUGCGGGUGGGCCGCGGCUCGGCCGGGGGCUCCGAGAGGGCUGGUGGGAGCUCGUGUCUGCACACGGGACUAGGCCGUCGUUUCUACUGUAUAUUUUCAAUACAUAGUAAUUUUUCAAAUAAA